CGACUCCUCAAUGCAAAAAAAUAAAAGGGUGCCAAGAAGCUAGGACGAGGGAACGUGGGUGUAAAUAGACAGUGAACGCUCUUGGUCUCUCUCUCUCUCCCUCUCUCUCCCUCUCCCUCCCCCUUCUCUUUCUCUCUGUCUCUCUUUUAUGAAAUCAAUGAACGAGUUAUUGGGUAGGACAUACAUAUAAGGAAUCAAAGCCUCCACCGGGACCAACGGCAUUGCGCGCUUUUGAUAUGCGUCUUCGCCAAAUGCUACAUGUGUUUUCACAUCAGUGUAAAUAUUGGCUUUGAUAGGACGAGAGUGGAAUCAGCUCUGGCACGGCUUGGUCUCGGAACCAAAUUUUGACCAAGACUUCCACGAGCUUUUUUUCAACGUAAAACGAUUCUCUACCAUCACCAUCUGCUGCUGUUUGUACCCAUCCCAAGUCACUGGCCGGUCCGAAGAUGGCAACUUUAACCAACGGGCAGAUGGACGGCACGGUGCACGGUGUCGGUGUGGUCUCCGCCAGCACGAACGGGCUCGUGAACGGAUUAAGCCACAGCCACAGCCCGGUGGGCUGCCCGGCCACCAUCCCCAUGAAGGACCACGAUGCCAUCAAACUCUUCAUCGGUCAGAUCCCCCGCAACCUGGAUGAGAAGGACCUCCGGCCCCUCUUCGAGGAGUUCGGCAAGAUCUACGAGCUCACUGUGCUGAAGGACCGCUUCACGGGCAUGCACAAAGGCUGUGCCUUCCUUACCUACUGUGCCAGAGAGUCAGCCCUGAGAGCCCAGAAUGCAUUGCACGAGCAGAAGACCCUGCCAGGGAUGAAUAGACCAAUCCAGGUGAAGCCAGCAGAUAGCGAGAGUCGAGGAGAAGACAGAAAGCUCUUUGUGGGCAUGCUCAACAAGCAACAGUCAGAAGAUGACGUGCGGCGCCUUUUCGAGUCCUUCGGCAGCAUCGAGGAAUGCACCAUCCUCAGAGGUCCCGACGGAAACAGCAAAGGCUGUGCAUUUGUAAAAUACUCCUCUCACGCUGAAGCUCAGGCAGCCAUCAGUGCACUACACGGCAGCCAGACAAUGCCUGGUGCCUCAUCCAGUCUGGUGGUGAAGUUCGCCGACACGGAUAAGGAGCGCACCAUCCGCCGCAUGCAGCAGAUGGCUGGUCAGAUGGGCAUCUUCAACCCCAUGGCCCUGCAGUUUGGAGCCUACGGAGCCUACGCUCAGGUGCAGCAGCAGGCGGCAUUGAUGGCGUCUGUAGGCCAGGGAGGCUACCUCAGUCCAAUGGCGGCCUUUGCUGCUGCCCAGAUGCAGCACAUGGCCACCAUCAAUGGCAUCCCAGGAGCACCGCUGACCCCAACAUCAGGUGGCAGUACUCCUCCAGGCAUCAGCGCCCCCACAGUGACCAGCAUCCCCUCCCCCAUUAGUGUAAAUGGUUUUACUGGCAUGCCGCCCCCCCAGGCAAAUGGGCAACCUCCUGCAGAGGCUGUCUUCACCAACGGCAUACACCACUACCCUGUGUUGCAGGAGGUGGUUUUUAGGGAGGACUCUGAGAAAAACGGCUUGGGCGUGGCUCCGCGGAGUUGUUUUGGGGUUCAGGGUGGCUGCUUCAUCUCCUCUCUCUCUGAAGCUCAAAGUCCCACUGCAGCUGAUCCUCUCCAGCAGGCUUACACAGGAGUCCAGCAGUAUGCAGCAGCCUACCCCGCUGCAUACGGCCAGAUCAGCCAAGCCUUCCCCCACCCUCCACCCAUCAUUCCACAGCAGCAACGAGAAGGACCAGAGGGUUGCAACCUGUUCAUCUACCACCUCCCUCAGGAGUUUGGGGAUGGAGAGCUGAUGCAGAUGUUCCUGCCUUUCGGUAAUGUCAUCUCCUCCAAAGUGUUUGUGGAUCGGGCGACAAACCAAAGUAAAUGCUUUGGGUUUGUGAGCUUUGACAACCCAGGUAGUGCCCAAGCUGCCAUCCAAUCAAUGAACGGCUUCCAGAUCGGCAUGAAAAGACUCAAGGUGCAGCUGAAGAGGCCAAAAGACGCCAACCGCCCCUACUAGCCCCCCGCCCCAGCCAGCCGCUACCACCCUGGCGGCCGGGGCAGCCGUCGCACACAGGGAAAGACAGGUUUUGUUGAGCUGAAUCAUAUGUUGACUUCUUGCUACCCGCCACUGAGUGCAAACUCAGCAUCUGGACCACUAAGGCUGCUUCAGAAACCGAGGAGAGAGAGAGUGCGAUGACAGAGUCAAGGACACUUCUUUUUGGAUGUACUAAAACUUUGGAACUCAGAGAGAAUUUGUACCAGCCUGGUUAGCCCCAGGACCUUUUUUCUUCUGCACACAUAUACACACCUCCUUCCCUACAAAACCCUGCUUGAAUAACAGCUACCUUUUCUGGACCACAAAAAACUUUUACUUGAACAAUGAGGGGGAAAAAGUAAAAGAAACUCUAUCAAAACCUACUUACAAUGACCAACCCCACUCUUAAAGGGAAUACGGAUGUCAAAAGUCGAACAAGAACAAAACUUUUUAAAAACUGAAUUGAAGAUUGCCGUAGGAGAUCUUUCUUUAAGAUGGUUUGAGUUUGGGGCAAUUGACUUUUGAAGACCAAUUUAUAAGACUUGAAACAAAAAGUAGGGAAUGUGAUAUUUUCAGGACACAAAUUGGCUUCGAUUUGGGAUGGCCAUCUUUAGCUUGGAGUGCCUGUCCGUUUCCAGGGGAUACCGUUGCCAAGGAGAGCCAUAGCAACGGUCUCCAGGGAGUCUUACCUGUCAUUCCUUAGUUGUUUUAGGGACCAAAAGACCAAACAUUUUUAUUGCUGAGGACUUGUAGCUCUAAUAUACUCGGACCACUGCAUCUCUUUCAGUCAGUGUUAACUGGUUGAGGAGUUGCACUUAAAAGAAGUGUACAUUUCGAAUAUAUACAACACAUGUAUAUAUACAUAUAUAUUGCUGAUGUGCUUUUUGAAUACAGGCAAAACUAUUUCAGAUGACCAAAUGGGGUCUCUCACUUCGCUAGUUUACAAUUACUCAAAAUGUUUAUUUUUUCUCUUCUCAUUUUGUCUUGGGAGGGAUGGCGAGUGCAUGGGAGGGGCUGCUCUGUAUCACAGCCUUAUCUUUUUUAACUUGACAUCCUAACCUCAUAGAUAGAAUAACAUCAGAAAUGUUUGAAAUAUAUGAACUUGUUUAUAUUUGCAGUACAUAUAUAUGUAUAACAAGCAUUCAAGCAAAUGUAUUCAUAUAUACAGUAUAUAUGGAUAAAUAGAUAUUAAUCACAAACAAAUAUAUGUAUUUAUAUGCACAUAUUUUAUAUGUGUGUCUGUAUAUAGAACGGCUUCUGACUAUGUUGAGCUGUAAUCUUUUGUAGAUUUUAGCUGGAGUUUGAAACAUUGCUCUGCUUGGGAAGAAUCGCAAAUCUGGCAGCUCCCAAAACUGCAGGCAUUCCAACCUCUGAUUACCUAUAUGCUGACACACAAUAUACUGCUAAAAGAUACAUGUGUGAGAAAACACAUAUGGUGUAAAUAUUAUCUGAAAAUGCAAAAAGCCACAUUUCAGUAGCAGGCUUUAAGAAAAUCAGGCUAAAUGAUUUUAGAGGAAAAGGACAAUUAUCUUCGACUCUAUUCCAAACAUAUCUUUUGAGCUUACACACACACACACACACACACACACACACAUACACACACACAAACUUCUCUUUGAAACUUGAACCAAAAUGAAUAUGUCUCACAACCCUUGCUCUCUUUUGCAUUCAGUAAAGUGCAUGUAGCGUAUGGGCUGUCACCAUGUCAAGGUGUGCCUUGUCACCUGCAGAAUCUGCCAUCAAGCACUGUGCUCUCAGAAAACAAAGACAAAAAAAAUUAAACACACUGCUGCAAGCAGCCAACACGCUAUUAUGAUGUCAAAACUACAGCCAGAUCCAUAUCAUUUCUCAGCCACAUAGAGAGUUUCAGUGCAUGUCCAAUAUAACAAAACAUCAGACCACUGUUAGUCCAUCAAUGUCUUUGACAAACAGAAUGCAUUUAGAACUAAUGUAGACCCAUGCGAUUACACUUCAGAUAAAAGCGGGCAUUAGGUAACCUGUUAGCACAGGUACUAACUAUCAAAGCUGUGUGCAGGGCACUUGUGACUAUGUUCCACUGGUUGGAGUCAAAUCUAGGGUAAAGUUCAGGGUUGCGACUGACAUGACGUGGUUUAAUAUGAGAAGUGGUUGAGCUUAGUGGACCUGCCAUUAGUUUUAAAUGGUUAUGAAGGUGAUGUAAUAUUGAUGAAUAUGUUAUAAUUAGAGAGCUGGCUUCCCACUGAACAGAAUACGGGAGGUUUUAUGUACUUUCCCCAUCCAGCAGUUACUGUGUGGAUCUCUGCUGGUAAUACUUGACAUGAAGCAUAUCCUAGAAGAUGUUAUAUUGCCUUAUGUUAUAUGCCAUCAUACAGUCAAAUAUACACAUAAAAGCAUAAUGAAACUGUAAAAUGAAGCAAUAAGAGUGAAAAGCCAUUUACCCAUUACAACUGCUGUAUCACUAAGGCUUGUUUCAUAUUGCUUUAGCAUACAGUUUCUCAUAAUAGUCUACAAAAAUGGUAUGGACACCUACUAUAUACCUGCAAAAGGUCAACAGACUCGGAUUUAUUGGACCCUGCAUUCAACACAUAUUCAGCUGGUGAAGAUAACUCAAUGAAUAUUUAUAUAUAUGAAUAUUUAUAAGGCUAUAUGACACUUUGGAAGAUAAUGCUUCCUGUUGGGUGCUGUUACUAGUUUUUCAUAUGAACUGCUCAUUAUGCCAUUUCCCUAGUGUCUGUGUCUAACCUUUUUAGCAGAUUGAAUAAUUUAACAUUUACCUUCCAAAUCUUGCGAGGCUAAAAGACACCAUCACACAUCCCAGGAUGCCACUGUUUGUAUGUGUCACAUAACGAUGGCCUGACUGUGGCGUACAGUGCAAACCAGAUGACCAUCAUGAUCAUUUUCUGCUCUGACAGUAUCCGUGGUUGGUUAGGUACAAAAACGUCUUGUACAUCCACCGGAGCUGCCUUUGAGCUAACAAUAACAUCUGAAGCUAAAUGUCAUGUCUGGUGUCCCUGAUCGCCACACUGUGUGCCCUCUUCGACUGCCCCUCGCUGCUCUGAGAAAAUUGAAAAAGGUGUUGAUGCAGCCUGUGCUUUUUUUAAUGGUUUGUUUAAGCAAUCACUCAUGUCUUUCACCUAGCCCAUGUUUUAAUGUUGAACGAAAUGAGGGAUGGGAAGCAGAACGACCACGGUAACUGUAAUGCCAAGCACCUCUUCUUCAUUUGCUCCAACUUGAAGCUGCAAGUUUACAUAAGAAAAGUAAAACAAAGUAGUGUGGUUAAAAAACAACAAGAAACAGAGCAGAAGUUUGAAUAUAAAUAUAUAUAUAUAAAUAUAUACAUAAACCGAUGAAUAUACUGUAAAUUGUUUCUUUUUUUGCUGUUUUCCUCUGUACAUAGGUUUGCAUAUUUUAUAGGACUUUUACUUCUAUCUACAAGGACUGGAUAAAGUACUUUAAUUCUUUAAAAAAAAAAAUAUACGAAUGAAAACAUGAUAAUGCUCAAUAAAACCAGGUACAUAAAAAUAAAAAAAUAGUCAUUAGGAUACCGUACAAACUCUAGGACCUGACCAAGGCAUUUAUCCAGAAUACAGUCAGGGAGAGCAUUGACCUCAGUUAGAGCGUAGACACACAUUGACCUAUUUUAUAAACAAAAAAUACUUUGAUGGGUUCUAGUCACUUAUCUAUUUGUUUAGAAAUUCAUUUAUAAGUCAUGUCUGAGAUAAUAUGCAUGCUUUCAUGGCAUUAUUUUUCUAUGAGUUGGUAUGUGACCAAAUAGUUUUUAUAUGACAUGCAUGGGCCACUGUUGUGGUCCACAGAUGAUCAUUGUUCCUGUCUGCAGGACCACGCCUUCAGCACUUCUUUUAUGAUGUGGGAAAAUGUUCCUAUUGACCAAGUGAUGUCAAAGACAGAUGAUUUUAAUAAUUUAUUUAUGUCUUUAUUUAUGUCUUUAUUUAUUUAUUUAUUUGUAUUUAAGUAUUUUUAUUCGUGCUGUUUGAUUCAAGAUCUGAGCUCUCGUAUUGCCACUGAUCGAUUUGCUUGUCAUUGCUAAAUUGUAUCACUACAUUACAUAAUACCACUUGGAAGUAUUGGCAAACUCAGAAUUUAACAACUUCAAAGACAAAUUUUACAUUUUCCUGUUGCUGCUAAACUAUUCAAAACAAUGCAUUUUUCUGUUCCAAAAUGUUAGCUUAGGUAAAAGAUUGUUAAAAAAAAAAAGAUGCCAGUUCGAGCUUUGUCUGUCAUUUUGAAUACCAUUUGCUUAUAUUGCGAAACCUUAAAUCAAAGUGAAAAAGGGGCAAUUCCAAGUUAAUCACUCCCUCAUAAACCUGAACCAUAAAACUGUUCAGUCAGAUAUGUAAUCACAACAUAAGAUAUGCCUUGAGAUCACUAUAUGUUGCUGCUAAUAUGUAAGGAGCUAAUGUCUGAUGAAUUGCUAUUCACUGAUUAACUGCCUGCAUAAAACGCCAGUUUGGAUUUCUAAAACUUUAUUCCCCUUCUCCUGUUUAUCCAGUCUCUUUGUAUUGUUUGACAGAGCUCUGAUCUUGUUCAACUGAUGUGUUCUACAAAGAGCAAAAUUCAAUGAAAACUGCACUAUCUCAUCAAAGACAAUUGAGUUACUAUCUUCUUUUCAGUGCUGUUGUUAGUGGUUUUAUUUCUAAAGCUCAGUAGUGUUGCUAGAAUCACAUUUUCCUUCAUAUGGUUUUCAAAGUAUUGUGGAAAUCUAUUUCCCAAUUUCAGCACAUAUGGAAGGUGGAGAAAUGAAUGUUGCAUAUUAAGCUUUGCCGGGAUCCUGAUGAGCUAAGCUUCUGAUUGGGCAGUGCGCUUUAGGCUCCCGUCCCUGUCUCUCCAGACUGCACCAUUCUCUGGUCCCCUGAACUCUUUUUUUGUAAUUUUAAAUGAAUGAUGCGUCUCAGCUUAGCCCAAUAAUAAAGCACAGUCUAGAAUAAAG